AUCUCCGAUGAUAAUUAUUAUGACAAGCAGAUAUUUCAUAUCUCAUCGAUAGGAUCUAGCCACGUUCCUCUGAUGCAGUAGGGACUCUUCACCCUAACGUGGAACCCAUGACUCGAGCGCGGCCAGGUCAUUCAAUCUCAAUGACCUAUUAUUUUGUUCUGGCGACGGUUCUCUUUCUCUCAGCUCUUGCCCAGCCGUAUGACGGUACUAGCAGGCGGGUUUCACAGAAGCUAUUUGACUCCCUCGAAGAACUCGCGCGCAUUGUCGAUAUAACUUAUUGCGUGGGCACCACCGGAAUAUACAAGCCAUUCCGGUGUGCUGGGAGAUGUAAGGAAUUCGAAGGGUUUGAGCUGGUCAAAACCUGGAAUACCGGCCCUUUGCUCUCGGACUCAUGUGGUUACUUAGCGCUUUCCCAUCCUCCCUGGCCGAAACGGAUUAUUCUUGCUUUCCGCGGAACAUAUUCGAUAACUAACACCAUUGUUGAUCUAUCCGCCGUGCCGCAAGUUUACGUCCCGUAUCCGGAACGGCCUGGACGGGAUGACGGUGGGGACAGGUGCCUAAACUGUACCGUACACGCCGGCUUUAUGACCUCCUGGGUUAAUGCCCGUGCUGCAAUAUUGGGGCCACUCAGUGAUACCUUUGCCAAAUACCCAGACUACCAACUUGUUGUAACUGGACACUCUCUUGGCGGUGCCGUUGCUGCCAUUGCAAGUUUGGAACUGCGUGCACGCGGCUGGAACCCGCAGGUUACCACAUUUGGAGAGCCAAGGAUAGGGAAUCGCGCGCUGGCAGAAUAUUUGAAUGAUCAGUUUUCGCUGCCUACUGAUAGCUUACCUCCAAGUUUCGUGAGGAAUGAAGAAAAGAGUUCUCCAUCUUUUUGUCGCGUGACCCACGCAGAUGACCCCGUUCCCCUCCUCCCUCUCUCAGAAUGGGGCUAUUAUCCACAUGCGGGGGAGAUAUUUAUUUCAAAGCCAGACUUGCCUCCUUCCCUGGAUGAUCUUCGCUUUUGCAUCGGAGACGCCGACCCAAGAUGCAGUUCACAUCAGCGGUUUUUGGGUCUCGAACAGGUGGCGCAGUUGUUUAACUCAGAUGAUAAACUUUACGAACACGAGUCGUGCCUUGAGAGAGUGCACGUCGAGAAGUAUCAAGAUCAAUACUCCAUGUCUGUACCAAUGGCCUACAAGCCUUGGGAUUUGAUCUUCGCCCACAGAGAUUAUUUCUGGAGAAUUGGUGUCUGCCUGUCUAAGCCAGAGAAUUGGAUUCCCGGGUGGAAAGAUCCGAAGUGGCCGUGGAAAUGGAAAUGGAAGUGGCCAUGGCAAAGCAGAAUUUAAGGCGUUUUCGAUGAUAAACCUUUGCUUGCUAUUUAAAUUUACUGUUUGGCGUUUAGACAAUGGAAAUAUGGGCUCAGCGGUUCAGUUUCUGAGUGGUGAUGGGUCUUGGAAUUUCUUGGUAUGUUGCCUGAGUACAUUUAAUAUGUGGUUAAUAUGUGUUUUGGCACUGCACUGGCUCUUAUAGAUGGAUACCACAUUCUUGUUCGCUAUUAUAUAAUUUUAUCAUCCUGUGAAAUAAAUUAUGAAUCACAUCAGAAUCAAGCAGUACAUGCCAGAAUGUAGAAAGAGGAACAAAAGCAAUGGGUAAAGGAGAACGCAAUGGAGUGAACGCUAACUAUGGAAACCAAGGCAAGGAAAAAUGCUUCAUUCACCAUCACAUCACUUCAUAAUGAAGCCCUAAGCAGUAACUUUAGUGCAAAAUGAAGCCGCGGAAACUUUAGUCUCCUGUUACCUUCCCAGCUCUAAGCUUGGAACAAUAACAGGGCCAUACUUAAUAACAUUCCCGAAUGCUCCCUCGCCUUGUACCAAAAAGUCCACGGCGAGACUCAACUUAGGGAACGCACCCGGCGGGCUGCCACCAUGACCUUGCUGUGGCUGAGGCAUGCCAGUAUACGCGGCAUUCACAGAGUCGGGAUCAUAUCCCACGAUGGCAACGUAAUUCCUUCGCCCCAUUAACUUCCGGUGCUCACGUUGUUGGCCAGCAACAUCGGUUUGGAAGAGCUCCAUCAUAUCUUCUUUGGUGUCAGUAGGUUGGGAUGGAGUGGAUCGGUGGCCAUUUGGCGGGACAUAUAGUGGCUUGUUGUUGCCGUGCAAUAAUUUCAAAAUAUAUGAAGGUGGCGAAGCGUUAACAACGGAGGAGGAGAUGAUUUGAUACAUAGUUUUGUGGUCAGUAGGAUGAGAAGGGUCAUGAACUAGCCCGGCUCCGCAGAGGUUGACAGA